ACCCAGACAGAGGCGGUGGAGAAGAAACGUGUUGUGAUUGUAACGUAACGUAUUUGUGAUUUAUGAGGAGAGAGAGGUAAGUGGGAGAUUGCGAAUUGCGAUGCGAAAAGGAAAAGAAGGGUUUCCUUUCUCGAAUUGCUUCUUGUUUCUUCUUCUUCACCAGACGAUCCAGACUGACAGAUAAGAACAGGUCAGGUACACUGUGUGAUUGAGUGAGUGGUCAAUGAACUACCGCAGCAACAUUCUCAUCCAAUUGUUUUCCUCGCCUCCUGCAUGGGCAACUCUAAUCGCAGCUGCAUUUCUCCUCCUAACUCUAGCCCUCUCCAUGUAUCUUCUCUUCGAGCAUCUUUCCGCUUACAAGAACCCCGAGGAGCAAAAGUUCCUCAUCGGGGUUAUCCUAAUGGUUCCCUGCUAUUCUUUUGAAUCUUUUGUAUCAUUGGUCAAUCCCUCAAUCAGUGUUGAUUGCGAGAUUCUAAGGGACUGCUACGAAUCCUUUGCCAUGUAUUGCUUUGGAAGAUACCUUGUUGCCUGCCUCGGUGGUGACGAAAGGACCGUUCAAUUUAUGGAAAGACAGUCUCGUCUCUCUGUUAAAACUCCUCUUCUACAACAUUCUUCUUCUUCUGACAAGGCCACUGUCAACCAUCCCUUUCCUCUCAACUACUUCCUCAAACCCUGGAAACUUGGUCGCGCCUUCUACCAAGUUAUCAAAUUUGGCAUUGUUCAAUAUAUGCUAACGAAGGCUUUCACUGCUAUUCUCGCUGUAAUCCUUGAAGCCUUUGGAGUCUACUGUGAAGGAGAAUUUAAAGUAGGAUGUGGGUAUCCUUAUAUGGCAGUGGUUCUAAAUUUCAGUCAGUCAUGGGCUUUGUACUGCCUUGUUCAAUUUUAUACAGUUACAAAGGACGAACUGGCUCAUAUAAAGCCAUUGGCCAAAUUUUUGACAUUUAAAUCAAUUGUGUUCCUCACUUGGUGGCAAGGUGUGGCAAUUGCUCUCCUAUCCACCUUUGGUUUGUUCAAGAGUCCCAUUGCUCAAGGCUUGCAGUUCAAGUCAAGUGUCCAAGAUUUCAUCAUUUGCAUUGAGAUGGGCAUUGCUUCCAUAGUUCACCUGUAUGUGUUUCCAGCAAAGCCUUAUGAGCGAAUGGGAGACCGCUUUUCUGGAAGCGUUUCAGUUCUUGGAGAUUACUCAGCUGACUGUCCUCUGGACCCUGAUGAGAUUAGGGACAGUGAGAGACCCACAAAACUGCGUCUUCCUACUCCGGAUGUUGAUACCAAGAGUGGAAUGACAAUUAGAGAGAGUGUUUGUGAUGUUGUUAUUGGUGGUGGUGGAUAUAUUGUAAAAGAUGUGAAGUUCACAGUCCAUCAAGCAGUGGAGCCUGUGGAAAAGGGGAUCACUAGAUUCAACGAAAAACUACAUAGAAUCUCUGAAAAUAUUAAGAAACAUGACAAAGAUGGAAGAAGAACCAUGGAUGAUAGUUGCAUUGCCACAUCAUCACCUGCAAGGAGAGUGAUUCGGGGAAUCGAUGACCCCCUCUUGAAUGGGAGUGUCAGCGAUAGUGGGAUGUCAAGGGGGAAGAAGCACCGCCGGAAAUCUGGAUACACAAGUGCAGAGGGUGGAGGAGAGAGCAGUAGUGAGCAAAGUUUUGGGGGCUACCAGAUUAGAGGCCGUAGGUGGGUUACUAAAGAGUAACACCAAUGAUUUAGGGAACAACUAAUGAGUGGGAGGAACAUGUUUGGUGCAUGAGAACACUGGUUGAAAUUUUUUGAUGUAUAUCAUUUCUCCCCGGACGAAGAAGUCAUGAUAUUCUUGUGCCAUUGCUA